AGUAGUAUUUCACUAGUGAAUAAAAACUGUUUUUGCCCGCUAGUGGAGAAAUGAUUCGGCAUUUCCAAACGCGCACGUCAUUCAUUGCGAAAAAUGACGUGUUUUUUUCAUGUUCAGCAGGCGGGCAAAAUCGUCUAUUUCUAUAAGUUUGAGUUGUGAAGAAUAAAGUAUUCAGGCGUAAAUGCAAUCACGUUGAAGUUACUAACGUUACCGUAACGAUUCGUACCGACAACGAGGAAAAACAGUUAUUUCGCGAUUUGAAAACUGUUCGAAAUUCAGUAACCGUAUAAUAAAACAAAACUUAAUCAUAUUUUUCAAUCUUAUAAGUCCCUUCAAUAUCUUUAUAAAAAUGAAAAAAUAGUGAUUUUUUCCCAAUGUAUCGUUACGAGAACGUAACUAACUUCAACCUCCUUGAAUGCAGUACUUUUAUGAAUAACCUUACAGGUAUGCAAUACCUAAAAACAAAUGUACCUGAAAUUUUUUAGUAUGGUUUUUCCAACCGUUAUAUACCCAGAUGGGGGAAAGGGGCAUACGCUCAAUAGUAGAUCAGGAAAAAUACAAUUAUCGAGUGUUUAUAGCGUCCGGGUAUUGGCGCCGGUGACGGCGAGGAGGCAAAUUAGAACUGGAUAUAUUGAUCGAGAGCUGGUUGUUGCGUGAUUGCGAGGGUGUUGUGCGCUGACGCAGUUCAAAGCAUUCACCCCUCGCAAGUUUGCCCUGCCGGCAGGCAUAUCCCGCUUCCUCUUUAUUGUCAGCAAAAGGCCUGCAGAAAUAUCACUGCGCUAGGCUGUUGCGUAUCAGUUGUAAAGCGCAUAUAUAACGCCAAUGCAAUCGUAUCGGUAAACGAAUAUCUAAUUGAAAACGGUGGUUGAUUGUCGCGGUGUUAUUGUUGUCCCUAUUGUUGUUGCACCUGUGUAACAUAAGGCGGUCUGCGUUAUGUCUGGCGCAAGACAGGGACUAUAUUGGAUUUGCUACUCUACCGGAACAAGUUCACCGAAAGUCUGUGAAAAGAGGAUUCGAAUUUACGUUAAUGGUUGUGGGCGAGACUGGCCUGGGUAAAUCAACACUGAUAAACAGUCUAUUCCUUGGGGAUCUAUACAAAGAUCGUCGAAUUCCCGACGCCUUAGAACGUGUUGAGAAAACUACAACGGUUGAAAAAAAAACUAUGGAUAUCGAAGAACGCGGAGUGAGACUUCGACUAACGAUUGUUGACACGCCAGGAUUUGGCGAUUCUGUAAAUUGCGAUGACACGUGGAAGGCCUGCUCAGCUUACAUAGACGAACAAUUCCGUCAGUAUUUCACCGACGAAAGCGGAUUAAAUCGAAAAAAUAUCCAAGACAACAGAGUGCAUUGCUGCCUGUACUUCAUACCGCCGUAUGGCCACGGUUUAAGGCAAAUGGACUUGGAAGUGAUGCGACGAUUGCAUCGGAAGGUGAAUAUAGUACCGAUUAUCGCUAAAGCGGACACCCUAACAGCCCACGAAGUUAAGAAACUUAAGGAGAGAAUUUUGGCCGACAUAGACGAACACGAUAUCCAGAUAUACCAAUUCCCGGACUGCGACAGCGACGAGGACGAGGAUUUCAAGCAGCAGGACAAAGAGCUGAAGGCCUGCACCCCCUUUGCCGUUAUCGGAAGUUCAACGGUCCUCGAGGUUGCCGGGAGAAAAGUACGCGGUCGACAGUAUCCCUGGGGUGUGGUUGAAGUCGAAAAUCCGAAACACAGCGACUUUGUGAAGCUACGAACGAUGCUGAUAUCAACACACAUGCAGGACUUGAAAGACGUAACGCAGGACGUACACUACGAGAACUUUCGCGCCCAGUGUAUAUCGCAAAUUUCACAGCAAGCGAUACGCGAACGGAGCAAACUUAAACGGGACUCCGGACCGCACUUUGAGCACAGUAUAUCCGACACGGAUAGGCUGCUGUUGCAAAAAGACGAAGAGAUCCGCCGUAUGCAAGACAUUCUCGCCCAGAUGCAGGAAAAACUUAAAGCAACUGGGCAAGGGGGUGGAAUUGGUAUGCGCAGCCGCGUAGGGAGUCUCGGUAACGACUUGGACGUCGCGGAUGCUGAUAAGAAGCGAAAUAGCAUCAUCGACGUGUAGAGUCGUCCCAGAGUAAGCUGGCAUGUACGAUUAUAAUGAUAAUAAUAAUAAUUGAAUAGACCUGUACAAUAUGUGUGUACAUUAUGUAGAAACGUACCUACUAUAAAGUUGUGCGUACGUAUGCGUAUGUUAGUUUAAUUAGUAAAAUUGUGUAACAAAUUUAAUUUCUUCGAAUAAGAUAAUAUAAGAAGAAUUUUCAAACUUCAUUUGCGAUAUUAUGUGCAAAAAACUAUCAUUAUUUGAGCUCUGAAAAUAUUCUGCAGAACUCAAGUAACGUUAUAGUUGGAUUAAAUUAUUGUAUGGAUGAUUAUUUGUAUAAUUAAUACUGAACUGAACGCACAAUGUUCAAGUAUUAUAUCUCAUGCAGCACAGUGGUGCGCAGAUAUACAGUGCAAGUCACUGCACUGUAGUAAAGGUUCAUUCUCAAAAUACGUAAGAUA